AUGGAUUCAUCCACACCAAUGCUACAAAGCCCGUCGUCAUCACAGUCGUGGCAGGUCCCUAACCAACAACCAACGGGACUAGUCUUGCAGUCAUGUCUCCAGUGCCUCGACCGCCUCGACAGCUUAGAGCGUCGUAUGCAUGAGGAAAUACAGGAUAUGCGCAGUCGCUUUAGAAAUAUCCUUGACAAUUACCAGUCAAAUGUCACAAUGACGGAUUCCGACGGAUGUGAUAGCAUCGUAGAGUCCCAAGCUGGACUCGAUGGCCGCAAUGCUAUUGCUCACCGCGGUUUAUCGCUCCGUGGCACGUCCGAUUCCGUCCAUGAGCCCGCUAUGCAACCCCUCCAGGACAUGGAUUUCAAGGAGCGUGUCCCAUCAAGUUCUUCAGCCAGACCCGACGCAGAACUGCCUGUUCCCGUUGUGCAGGCGAGCCAAGCCAAGGGCAAAGUAAAAUGCACUAGGGACGGGUGUUCGACGCACCUCAACAAAGACAACCUCGCUCGUCACAUCAACGAGGUGCACGAGGGGAAGAUUAGGGCUGUUUGUCCUAGUUGCGGACAAGGGUUCAAGCGCCCAAAUCUGAUGAGGGAGCAUGUCCUUCGGACCGAAUGUGGAAGAUCCUAG